CCCUGCGCCUCCCGCCUCCCGCAGGGCGGCCGCGCGGCCCGGUUGGGUCCCCCCGGUAGCGGCCCGGGGCCAUGCGAGUGGCGGCGCGGCCCCGGCCCCGGCCCUGGCCCCGGUCCCGGCCCCGGUCCCGAUGCAGAAGAUCAACAAGAACGCGGUGCUGGCGCUGCUGAGCCUCAGCAGCCUGCUGUUCCUCCUCUUCCAGCUCGCCUACUACAGGUCCUACCUGGCGCACAAGAACGGAGCAGCUUUUUCAAAAGCCAGAGGAAGCCAGUCAGGCCAGGACAGCACUAGAUGGCAUGUGGUUAGGAAGUUCCUAUCCUUAAUAUCCAGUCACAAUAUUCCAGUGUAUUUGAUUGAUCCUUUAAUUCUGGGACUUGUUGAUAAAGACAUUGAACAGAUCAGAAGUUCUUCUGAUGGCCCUAGUCCAGAAUGCAAGUACUUCUGUGUUCCAAGAGACUUCACUACGUUUGCACUACUGGACAAAACGUGGAAGCAUGAAGUGGGACUUUUUAGAACUGCUGAGAAAAUGGGGUUCCAAUGGCUAAAAGUCCUAAACAAGGACCCCCGCUUGGAUGGUAUGGAUGACCUGUCUGGAACUGAAAUUCCUUUGCACUACAUUUUUAAGCUGGCGUCUCAUGCCAUUCACCUGGUGGUCUUCUAUGAGAGGAGCGGUAAUUACCUCUGGCAUGGCCCCCUGAGGCUCAAGCAGCAUAUGGACAGAAAGUUUGUGCCUUUCCGGAAACUCCACUUCGGUCGCUACCCUGGAGCAUAUGAAAAGCCUGAACUCUUGCUUGUUUCCAUUGACGACUUAAAAAUUCAAAUUCCAAAAAAUCCGUCCAGUUUUCUAGAGGAGAUGACACACUCUAGAUUUCUUGAAUGUAGGUACAGAGAAGCUCGGGCUUUCUUUCAGCUGUAUCCUGAUGAUGCCUCUGUUGAUGCCGUGGAAUUUAGAAAAAGAGCAAAAUCCUUGCUCCAUCUGGCUGCCCUGACACUGAAUAACCUGGGAGUAAAGUUCUGGUUGAGCAGUGGAACUUGCCUAGGCUGGUAUAGACAGUGCAAUGUCAUUCCUUACAGCAAAGAUGUGGAUCUGGGGAUCUUUAUAAGGGACUACAAAGCAGAUAUCAUUCCAGCCUUUCAGAAGGCAGGAUUACCACUGAAGCACAAAUUUGGCAAGGUGGAGGACAGUUUGGAACUCUCUUUCCAGGGAGAAGAUGAUGUGAAGCUUGAUAUUUUUUUCUUCUAUGAAGAGGAUGACCACAUAUGGAACGGAGGAACUCAGGCAAAAUCGGGCAAGAAAUUUAAGUAUCUCUUUCCAAAGUUUACUCUGUGCUGGACUGAAUUCGUAGAACUCAAGGUACACGUUCCCUGUGAAACCCUUCAGUAUGUUGAAGCCAACUACGGGCCAGACUGGAAGGUUCCCGUCAAGAUGUGGGACUGGAAGAGCUCACCGUCCAACGUGCAGUACAACGGUGUCUGGCCUGUCGAUGAGUGGGACGAUGUCAUUCAGAUCUACUAAUCAAUCACCUCCCUGGUAUCCUUGAAACUGCCACUUUGUAAUUUCCUGUCUCCCAAGAGCAUCAAGAUCCGUUCCUUUUAUAACUUCUCAUCAGUUCCCCAAGGAGACGUUUUCCAUUUUUUGCUUAACAGAUUUUUUCACAUUCAUCAUGCAUUCUGAUAGUUAAAGGUUAACGGCAGAAUGUGGGAACUGAAGAGAAGGGAAGCUGAAAGUAAAGAUGUACAAAAUGGUGUAAACACAUGGGCAGUUGACCAUUUAAGUAAAAACUGUAGCCAAGUGGCUUAGACUUUCCUAGGGAUCAUCAAAACUAUUCAUUUCUCAAGCUCAAGAGAAGAAGAGGAUGGAAGAAUCCUGGAGAAGUUCUUUUUUUGUUGUUGUUGGUUUUUUUUGUUUGAUUGUUUUGUUUUGUUUUUUUCUGAGAUGCUCCUGUGAAUUCACAACUUUUAAACACCCUAUUUAUGAGUACCUUGAAUGCGUUUUAUCUGAGUCAUGUAUCCCUCUGAUGUGUAAUAGGUUGCUCUUGGAGUGGAAUAUUUCAGUUCAGAACCUGUGUGACCCACCUGCUUCACAUUUGUGGGAUAAUGGUCUAAUAUUAAAUGAGUGGGUGGAGGAAUUGAAAGCCCUGUCUGCAUCAGAGCUUAUUCAGUAAGAGUUUAACUAACCACUGCAUGCAGUAACAAGAAAUGUAACAACAGGGAAUGUUACCUGCUUUUGUUCUCUCUUUUUUGUGAACAUGAGGGUGUAUGCUGCAGGGAGGUGCUUGCCUUGAAAAAAUGUAUUACCUGGUUUUGAUAUCCCAAUCAGUGUUCUCUGUACAGAAGCUGAGUGGAUUUUAGAGGAUUAUAGCUAUCCCUGCUUUCUUACAAUUAGAUGGAAAUGAGGGUCUCGAUGCUUUUCUGUUUAGCAUGGGCUCGCAGAACUGAGAUCCCUGUGAAUCACAGCUCUUUUCUCUAAGUGUAAGCAGAAGUGUGUACAAACACCAACUGCUCCGUCAAAUUUGCAAUAGCAUGAUUGCAAGGGAAGUGUUAGCAUAACAUUAGGCUUUGGAUGGGAAGGGAGUGGAAGCCUGACAACUCUCUCCUCUUGUUUCUGGUUGUCUUUUGGGUCAAUGGAAUAAGCUCUCUUACUCAGUGUUUUGGAGCAGAGUAAUAGUUUUUAUGUGAAAUUAUGUGUCCAAGUUUGUUCCAGCCCUGCUGUGCAGGGAAGGCGAGACCAUUUAGUUACCAGUGAGUUAUGACUGAUGUGUGGUACAGACCGGGGAAUACUUUGAACUAGUGUCAAGGUACUGAAUAUUUCUCCUGUUUUCUUGCAACUAAUCUGCAUCCAUUCUUUCCUUGCUAACGUAGAAGGGCUGUCCACGAGUUGCAGCUGUGUCACAUUCUUACUGGGGAGGUUGAGUGUGUGGUUUGCAUUCUGCUGAUGUGCAGUUUUCAGCCAUGCGGCUGUUUUAUGGCUGUAUCAUUCCAGGUGCACUCGGGGUCUUCCCUGCUGUCCCCAUCCUGGAGUGUGCUGCAUCCAUUUCCCUGCCAGUCCUCUGUGUUCCAGAGUUCUCCUGCCACUGAGACACUGGAGUGAAUUAUUCAGCUUCUGGCAAAACCUGUCAUGCUGGCUUGAAGUGGUGCUGUAACUUUUCCUAAUUAAGAAGGAGAUAUGAAAUCCUGCUGUUGCCACUAACUUGCAAACAUAAACAUCGCAUCAUGAGGGAUAAUUUCUCAGGUAGAUUUUUUUUGUAUUUCUUUCCUUAAAAUGGAAAAGGCCAAUGUCCUCUUGAUUCUAGUGCUCGGAGCUCUGUUGUCAUCAACUUCUUUGUUUAAUAGUGUACAGUAAACCUGAAAGUUUUACAAAUGUGAUAGAUCUUUAAAAAAAGAAAGGAAAGAUGCUAUCAGAAAAUUACAGUCCUGUCAAAUUUUUGACUUUGUAUUUGUACAUGGAAAGAAUUUGUAAUGGAAAAAAUGCAUGUUCCUGAGAGAGAGGAUGUCUUAAAUAUUUGAUUAUAACUGUGUAUAAGUUAUUCAAGUUAAAAUAUUUUCUCUUCAGAAGAUACAAAGGAAUAUUUAACACAGAUUAAAGGAACGAGGGUCUAGUUUGCUACUCAGAAUGUGGUCUCAUGCUUUGUUUUGUCAUCUUGGGCAGCGUUUAACACAUUCAUUGUAGUUUCUACAAAAUAAUGCAGAGGCAGAAGUUUUGAACUGUUUCUUACACUGCUUAUUGGACAUCAAUCUUGAGCUUUUAUUUUUUAAUAAAUUUGAUGAGAUGUCAGCUAUGCUGAGUUCUAAUAUGA